AUGGGGACAGAGACUAGUAUUUUACAGGGUUGCGAUCUCGAAGAGCCAUUAGAGACACCUUCGCAACAAGACUGGACGAUUCAUCCAGCCAAAAGGAACGAUGGUUCCCGAGUCUCUGUUUUUGUUCACAAGAAAACGGAACAACAAAACGACAAACGUAUAGAACAUGCUGCUAAGGGAGGUGUUUCCCAUAAUAAUGUAUACACGUCUUCUAUCUAUGUAAGUCAAGAUGGCGGAUGGAGACUUGGAGGAAUGGAACAACUUUGUAAAUUUCAUGAGGCCACAAUACAGUUUUUAGAACAGAUGUGUCCUAUGAGAAACAGUAAAAUAAUCCCACCUGAAGAACAGGAAAAGUCUACAUGUACAUUAAGUGCUGAGUUUGGCCAUGCAAGAGAUGCAUAUGCAUUUGGUGUAUUGGCUCAGGAACUAUUGGCGUAUCUUGGUGAACUAGGUGACAUUGCUGUCGAUUUUUCCACCGUUAUAGAACAAUUCUUGAAUCCAGACCCAACUCAAAGACCAAAACUUAAAACACUACUUUGCAAUAAACUUUUUAAGAAUGACUUUUUACAGAUUAUUAAUUUUCUUAAUAAUAUAACAAUAAAAUCAGAAUCCGAGAAGACACUCUUCUUCAAAAGUUUGGUUCCUAAGUUGUUAGAAUUACCUUCUUCAUUGGUGGCUGCUCGACUUGUGCCAAAACUGCUGACUAGAUUUGUAAUGGCUGACUUUGAUGCAGUGGAGUAUGUUUUUCCACAUUUAUUCACACCAAACUCAGAUCCAAUGUCAGAAACAGGAUUCCAAGAUGGUCAUGUAAAUCCAAUUCUUCCAGUUCAAGAAUUCAAAGAAAGCAUUAUUCCCAUUAUUGAGAAGAUAAUCUGUGUACGAGAAACACACGUCAGACUUGCUUUGCUCAAGUAUUUUGCAUCGUAUGUACAUUUGUUCGAUACUGAUGUGUUACGAAAAACAAUUCUCCCACAGAUGUUGUUAGGCUUAAGGGACAGCAAUGAUGACAUUGUCAGUUCAAGUCUCCAUGCUCUUGCUGAAAUUGUAUCAAUACUUGGUGGUAAAACCGUUGUUGGAGGACCCAGAAGGAAACUGUUCUUGGAUGGCAGGCCAAAG